AUGCACGGGAUUGACUUAUCAGGCCUCACCAAUAAAUCACCAAGAGAAGUUGCCAGUUCUUUUGGUUCAUCUCCAUUUCCAGCAUGGCUUUUUGGAUCUUCUCUUUUAUAUAAGGGAAUUUUCACUCCUAAAGCUUUGGUUUUAGAGGGUACUCUGGGUGACUCGGUUAAAUUUGCCAAAGCCUUGGCUGCACAACGUCCUACAAAAACUUCAUGUUUGGCAUUUGGAGCAACUUCAUUACUUGGUGGUUGGAUAAUCUAUGAUGGAGAUAUUCUUAAUGGUGCUGGUUUCACUGCAGUAUGGUCUACAUUGUAUUUACUUGUCAAUGGUAGCAGUAGUAUUAAAAGUGUGUUACGUGGUCGUAUAAGUCCUCUUGCCUUAUCAACAUUGGCUUUAGGAAAUGCUGGUGUUUAUGGCUUACAGUUUGUUUACCCUUCAGGCUCAUCUACUUCUUCAUCCCCUGCUCAACAAUUGACAACUUGA